CUCUCUAAGAAAAUUUGUUUUUCAAGUGAGGGUAUAAACUGAAGAAACCUACGUCACUGUCUUACAUUUUGCUUGUAAUUUCUGCACAUUUAGGAAAUUUCCGCCACAUUUCCCAUACAUUAUGAUAAUGGCUUUCUUAAAGGAGAGUGUUGUUCCAAACACUCCGGGAGCUUUAGCCUUGGUUUUUUUGUGAGAGCUGGACUGGGUUUGUGGGAUCAAUUAAUACCAGCCCUGACUGGCGUAAUCUGUCUUAUGCUAGUACACCUGAUACAAAAAAAUCACGGCAUAAGUAUAAAACUGUCCAUAGCCACACGUAUUUAACAGGACAAGGAUGUGGUGCAGUUGGUCGUACUGAAUGGAGUGUUCAGCCUAAGCAAACAUGGUAAGAUAUCUUUUGCGGUAGUCGGUUUCAUUAUAGGGACUGGAUGAGACACACAGACCCGGAGUGAGUCUGGUGACCAGGUUGAUAGUGUAUUCUUUCUUCAAGGCUGUGACAGACGCCUGCAUUGCUGCCUCUGUGUGAGAGAGGUCUAUCACGUCCCUCUCUUCCUCGCUCAGGGAAGACCCUCCUACCCCUCCUCCUUUCCUCUUCUUGGUUGCUUUCUUGGCGUAGGCUCUGCUGCCAGUUGUGGGGGUUUUCGGGACCCGCGAGGGACUGGGAGGAGACGUAAGGAGCCCCUGUCCGCAUCUCGACGGUAACAGCAGCAACACACGGGGACAGAACUGCCUGCAGGACAAACUCAACAUCUCUGUCUGCGCGCUCUUUGACCUGGGAUAAUCGUAUUCAUAGUCGCCUUGUUCUAAACUAGCUAGCCUUUUCUGAGCUUCUCGUUUUCUGGAGGAGAUCGACGAGAAAAGGCAGGAGACUGAGCGGGUUCUUGUGCAACCAUGGUGAUCCCCGAGUGCCCAGCGAAGGCUGCCGAGUUCGACAAGAAGCACGGCCUGACGCCCGGGGGAACCAAAGUGAAGAAGCACUCCGGAGCCAGGGCCAGCUAGCGGAGCAGUAUACUGCAGGGAAGAGAUGUCUCGAGUAUUUGAGUAUCGCCCUGUGCGUAGGAUGCAACCUAUUACUGUUGUCAACCCUCUACCGUCACUUCCAGUGGACAGACUCCCUCUAUUUCCUGCCCUGCAUCGGUUCCGCCCCACUAUGAAUGUAGUUAACCAUCUCUCUCAUGUCAACUGCAUGUGGACUCAUUACAAGGCAGUUGAUCCCCUCCAAUUCAAUGUGUAUAUAACAGUUCUGGGAGCAGCAUUUGCCGACUUUUUCUCUGGUCUUGUACACUGGCUGGCUGACAGCUAUGGAUCAGUCGACCUGCCCAUCGUCGGAAAGGCAUUCAUUCGACCGUUCAGAGAGCACCAUAUCGAUCCUCUAGCCAUCACGCGACACGAUUUCGUGGAAGCAAACGGCGACAACUGUCUGCUGACCCUGGCUCCCUUGGGCUGUGCCCUGUACACCACGGUGGCAUGGACGCCCGAACAAGUUCGCUCGUGGUACUUUGUCUACGUGAUGCUCAUGUCGCUCAUGUUCUUUGUCACGUUCACGAACCAGAUCCACAAGUGGUCGCACACGUACGGUCCCCUCCCGAUGUGGGUGGAGUGGCUCCAACAGAUGCACGUCAUCUUGCCCAAGAGACACCACAGAGUGCACCACGUGGCCCCGCACGACACCUAUUUCUGCAUCACCACAGGCUGGCUAAACCUCCCGCUGGAAAAGCUCCACUUCUGGUCCACCUGCGAGAGUCUGAUUGAGCGAGUGACUGGAGUAAAGCCUCGCAUCGAUGACUUGCAUUGGACCAACAACAGAUAGUUUACCGUGUCUCAUUUUAUACUAUAAUGUACACACACCCAACUAUUUUUGGUAUCUCAAUGUAAUGGUUUGUACAUGCAAAUAAAUUUUUAAUGACGUCACAGGCUAUAAUAA